CGGACCGGCAUUCUUCACACUCUAUCCCCGCCAUCUACUGCCCGGACUUGAUGAGGCCUUCAAGUAAUACAUUGAUGACGCCCGCCGGGCGGGGCGCGAGUACGACAUGGAAUAUCCUGGAUUGAGUUGCGAAGGGCGCGUCUGCGUGUAUCCUGGUCUCGAGUCGCGCGCUCACCGUAUCAAAUCGUACCUGAAUUCCUAUAUCUCGACUCUCUGGUGGACUACGACUCCGUGUAUUACCCAGUGGAAGUGCUCUGGGGAUACCCCUUUCACCGGACUCCUUGAAUACAAGCCCAGAACCACUGUCUUUGCGAGUUUCAAACUUGGUAUACCGACGGACACCACAUUUCCGCACGUCAAGCUAUCGAUGUUCAACACAACUGUCCCGACCAACGACACCAUCCUCCGUAGUGAGCUCCUUCCCAUUCUACGGAUUAUGGAAACACAAAUGUCUCGGAAGUUUAUACGUCAUUUGAUUACCCCGCUCCUGGAGCCCAAUUUUAGAUGUGUCAGAGUGGCUCUUCCCUCAACAGCUUUUAAUCCUGAAGCGACUUUCAAAGAUGAUCUCGACGCAACUCGGGAUGCGAUUUCCGCCGAGACAAGGAACGGGCGCAAUGUCGUUGUUGUUGCGCACUCAUACGGCGGAUUGGUGGGCAACAGCGCUAUUAAAGGCUUCGCAAAGCCAAAGGACGCUGAUACCAGUCAAACAGGGUACGUCAUUGGGCUGAUCCUCAUAGCCUCUGGGUUUACCUUGACUGGGCUGUCCUUUAUGGAUCCAUUCUUCGGUCGCCCGCCGCCUGCCUGGCGUGUGAAUGACCAAACCGGUUACGCUGAGCUUGUUGCUUCCCCACGGGAAAUGUUCUACCACGAUCUGCCAGAGGAAGAGGCAACGUACUGGAUUUCUCACCUUACGAGUCAGAGUCUGAAGGUCUUAUUCGAAGGCGGCGAAUACACUUAUGCCGGUUGGAAAGACGUGCCGUCUUGGUAUAUUGGAACUGUGGAGGACCGGGGAUUGCCAGUUCUGGCUCAGCGCAUGUCAGUUGGCAUGGCAAGAGGAAUGGGGGCUAGUGUGGAGCAUCGAGAGCUGCAAACGAGCCAUUCACCAUUUCUGAGUCAACCUGGAUUGACAGUGGAAAUCAUUAUGGAGGCCGUUGAUGCAUUUACCCACUCAAUGAGCAACAGGCCCAAGCCAACCAUAAAUGGAGGUGGUAGUGCGAUAGUCGUGCCAGGUUCUGCCCUCUUAAAACCUGUCACAUGGUUCAAAUUUGGACUGCCGAUGGCCUUCGGUUGUGUGCUAGGAAGAUGUAUCCUUUUAUUUGGCUGGGGAAGGAGGCUGUGGAGAGCCGUAUUCCGUUGAUUGGCAUUGAUCCACUUGGUGAGGGAUAAGGGUGCUGGCCACGGAUUUGUGGAUAAUGGGGUCGUAGGCAGAAGAUGGUGCAUCGUCAUGUCCUUACUCAGUAACAAAUGUCCAACAGACCAACGAGUCCUCUAUUGUGGUGUGUCUUUCGUUGAGGUGUCGCUGGACGAGGAUUUGCAUUUUCCUUACGUACAUCUGGCAUGAUUGGACCAUUUGAGUGUAGCGGGUUCGGAACAUACCGAAUUCCCCCAAAUUCUGUCUCAAAGGUUAUUUCGUGCGGGAGGUAGGCAGUCCACAGAAAGACAC